AGAGGAGGGUUACACAGAGGCAGGAGGAGAGAAUCGUGAGGAUGGGGCCCGGGCACCCUGGUACCAACAUCAGCUGGGCACUCGCUCUGGUAUCAACCCUGUCAUUCAUCCCCCCCAGUGAGGGGGAGAGGACCCGAAUGUCUAGGAGAGACGUGUUCCUAUCAAAGGAGUCCGUGUUGGAUAUGGCCCCCUCUUCCUAUGAUGAUCAGUACAGGGGGUGCAUUGAGGCCAUGGAGGCCGAGAUCCCCAAACUCUUCCAAUAUGAAUAUUCUCUAAACAAGGACUUUGCUGAAGCCUGGUAUUCUGCUACAUUCAGAUGGGAAGAGAGAAAGGGAAAGAUGGUGGUUCCCCCUGGGUUUAAGGACCAGUACGCCAUAGCGAUAUUUAGCUACACCAGCAAUGGGCCCCUCCACAAAAUCUUCAAUGACGCAGUGCGCCAGGCCGGGCAGUCCAGAGACUACUAUCUGAGAAGCUUCAAUUUCAAGGUCCUACACUACUACCUGACCAGGGCACUUCAGAUGUUGGAUGCCGUGGAAUCUCCAACUUGUCACAAAGUCUUUAGAGGAAUAAAGGGGGUUCGGUUCAAACCAGAGCCCAGGAAGCCGGUGCGUUUUGGCCAAUUCACUUCUUCAUCGAAGGAUGACCAGAGCGCCUUGUCCUUUGGAGAGGACACCUUCUUUAGCAUCCAUACCUGCUAUGGGGUCAACAUUAGGAACUUCUCGUUCUUCCCCAGCGAGGAGGAAGUGCUUAUCCCACCCUUCGAGAAGUUCAAAGUGACGGAUUUCAGUACAAUGAGCAGAAAAAACAUCAUCACCCUUCAGUCUGUGGAAAAGUCCAGCGUGUACAACUGUGAGUUUGUGAAAGAGAGAAGAUGCAAAGCCUCGUGGUGCCCAUUCAAUUCAGCCUCGCACCCCGGGACGGGAAUUCUGCAGAUAAUUCCGAUUUGUUGGCUGAUGCUCCUGUGGGGCCCUCAGCCUUGGAUUCCCCUAUUCUGAUAGGCUGGAGAGGGGCCCCUUUCCCGCAAGGGCCCCCAGUGAAUAUAGACGUGUAUGUCUUCUGCUGGAAUUAAUAUUUGCUCAACAACCUGCAAGCCUGGAACUGCAGGGUAGUCUCUAAAUAAGGGGGACCCAGUGCCUGCCCCAUGGGGGGGCACCCCAGUAUAUUUGUAUUACCUGUAAUAAUGGCACCACAAGGAUAAAACAGGAUCUCAAACUGAUGGAUCCCAGAUAAGUGAUGCCAGUUCAUGGGUGGAAGGAGAUUCCAGCUCCCGAGGGAUUUGGGGGGCACUGGGAGCUCAGAGUAUUCCAUGUCUAUAUGCGCCGUAUGGCCAAACGCACCCAGAGACGGCUUCUAACGUGUCCUCAAGUUGGAGCGCUCACUGAUGGGUUCCAAACUGUCUCCGGAAGGGGUGUCUAUGUUUUGGGAACCUGGGCUCUUGAUGGGCAAGGGGCCACCCACAAACCCAACAUGCCCAAUUUGCAAUGCCAAGUGUCGCCUGGAGUGGGGCAAAUGGUACCGCCAUUGGUUUCCCCAUCUGCCAGUCUAUUGGGAAAGUUUGGGUUUGGGAGAUCCCAGGAGAACAUGCCUCAAUGUAUGAUGCCAGCGGUAAAGUUUGGUGCAGGAAAAAUAAUGAUCUGGGGCAGUUACCAUGGUCUGAGCCCCUGGAGGCAACUCCCAGCAACAAUUAUCCAAAACCUAAUGGGAACUUUCCCAGAAGAGUAGGGGCAGUUAUAGCAGCAAAGGGAGGGGCAACCCAGCUGAACCCCUGUGGGAUGAAUGGGAACCCCAACUGUGAGCCUGAUCCCCCCAUGAAAGAUCAAAAGAACUAAUAUAUGUGGUGUGUUAUUCAAUAAAACUGAUGACUAGAAGGGACCCAUGGGUUCUGCAGAGUGAAAUUUGGACAAAGCCCAGUCCCUCGGGCCUGCAGUGAUGUGUCAGAACCACAGUAAAUAGUUGCCAUGACUGGGAGCUGCCCUACUGGUCUUUGCCAGAGCUACCAGCCAAUAAAGUGCCCCAUAGCAGUUGUGCCUGUGGGGCAAAUAGCAGGGGAGCUGGUGGUGCAAGUGCAGGGUAUUGGGGUUAUUAUGAGCCGUCUCACCCUUAUUGCCCCUGGGAAUGUAGCCGGCUGCUCACUUACCUACAGGAGACACCACUGUGGGGUAACUCGGCCUACACCCGGAGACUUACUCCAACAUGCAGGUUUUAGUCAGUGUAAUGUAUCCCCGGCUGAGCUCUAUAAUGCUUAUUAUUCAUGUCAUUAUGCCAAUUAAACAUAUUCACUAACGAG